AUAUUUGGUGAUUGUGUUUACGGUUGGCAAGAAACAAUGAGUUUAUUAUUUGGAUAUUUAUCUAUUUUAUGUUGGUUGAAUGCUCAAAUGCCUCAAGUGAUUAAGAAUUAUAAACUGCGUGAUGCUAAGGGACUCAGCUUUACUUUCUUAACAAUUUGGUUAAUAGGUGAUGUCGCUAAUUUUAUUGGCUGUAUCAUUACUGGGCAACUUACAUUUCAAAUUAUUUUAUCCAUGUAUUUUACAUGUAUUGAUACCAUAUUAUGCAUUCAAUGGCUUUAUUACGUAAAGUAUGCUAAUAAUUGUAUCCGACGUUGGUUUGAUGGAGACGAUGAAAUUAAAAUAAUGAAUACGACUGUUAUAAAGAAUAAGUCAAGUACAGUAGCAGCUGUCAAUAUAACGAUGAUCGUUGAGGAUAAAAAAGAAAUGAAUGAGCAAGCUUCAUUACUAUCUUCAUCAUCUAAUAACAACAACAAUCAAAAGAAAUAUCUUACGAUGAUGAUGUUUGCCUUUGGUUUCUACACUACCUUGGGCCAACCCACAACCUUCUCCUCCUCUAUGAUAACAACUACUACUACUACUACUCUAUCAAUGAUGAAUGAAGAUAAUAAUAAAACUAUCAUCUGGGUCGGUCGCCUCUUUGCUUGGAUCUGUACUUUUCUCUAUUUAUCCUCUCGACUUCCACAAAUCUAUCGCAACUUUCAUCGUCGUUCCGUUCAGGGCCUUUCCAUUUAUCUUUUCCUUUUUGCAGCUAUGGGGAACAUGACUUAUGUACUCAGUAUCCUUAUAAAUCCACAUGCAACACGCUCUACCAUGUUGGAAGCUGUACCUUAUCUCCUUGGCAGUGCUGGCACCCUCUUAUUUGAUUGUACCAUUUUUAUUCAAUAUGCCUUUUACAAUAAGAUAAAUAGAACACAUCAAGAAGAUAAUAAUAGAAUACAACAGGAAGUUUAA